GUUGCAUGUUGUGUCGGAUAAUGCGCAGUCACUUCUCUCCUUAAAAGUCUGAAAAUGAGCGAUCAGAGAAAAAACGCGCUAAAAACAAUACUCCAGCUGACGUGCCAACUUUUCUGGGUGGUGGGGUUGGUGGUGGGCCUGGGCGGGGUCUACCUGCUGAUGAAGUACAAGCAGAGCAGUGUAUUUCUCUCUCAAAGCCACUUCCCCCUGCCCGCUUACCUCGCUCUUGCCAGCGCUGUGUUGAUACUCGCCUGCGGGGGCCUCGGCUCCUGGCUGAGCAUCAGAGAUUCCACCUUUCUGCAGGGACUGUUUGUUUAUCUGCUAGUGUUGGUCUUUUGUCUGGAAAGUACGGCUUCAGCGUUGGCUUUUUUUCACACUACAAAGCUGGAGUCAGAGUUAACUCCUCUCAGUGGAGUGUUUCAUAACUACACAGGCAGCGGCCAUGACCCUGACUCUCAGGCUGUGGAUGCUACACAAGCAGAGUUGCAGUGCUGUGGAGUGCAUGGCUACAGGGACUGGCUGGAAACCUCCUGGUUUAACAGCACCGGAGGACUCGUUCCUCACAGCUGUUGUAACUCUACUUUCCCCUCCUGCAAUGGCGCGGUGGACCAACCGUGGCAGCUAUACACACAGGGCUGCCAGGUGAAGCUAGAGAAGAGUUUACAGUUUGUGCUGAGAUUUAUCAUCUGGGGCUCCCCGAUUGUUUUUUUCGUGGAGGUUGUGUUGUUUCUGACGAUGGCACAGCUGAUGACUCAGACUGACCAAACCGUCAUGGAAUAUAGAAUACUAGGCAAAAACUAAAGUCACCGUUACAGAUGGGACUGCUUUGUACUUUGCACAAAAACUAUCUAACUACAUUAUGUCAUAGUCUCGUGUUUUAAUGCUCAUCCAAUUAUUGUAGAUUGUGAUUGUAAAGGCUUUUUCCUGAGCUCCAGAAGCAUGAGCUCUCCUCUGCUACACCACUUAUCACAGCUUUACUCCACUACAUGUGACAUAAAAGUAAUGCAUUUGUUGUGUAAUGAAGACGGAUAUUUCUGAAACCAAAAAGACGACUAUAGCUCAGGACAGACCCUAUAUAGCUUUGUUGAACGAAUAUAAGUAACAUAAUAAGUGACAUAAUGGAUCGGAUAAUAAAGCAAAAAUGUUGUUGUUCCCACGGUU